UUCACUUCAUCUUGAUGCUGCUUCCUCCUUUGUGUUCUCACACCGCGCUUCCGAUGAUGUCUCUCCUUUCGGCCGCUGGAGCUGAACCGGGGCUGCAGGCUAGUGCUCCUGUCGUCAGGCUUUCUUCUGGGUGAAUAUUUUCGUCCCGCGAGCCGUGUUUUGGCGUCGCCGGGCUGCUCUCGCCUCGGCCGGGGCCCACGCAGGGGCGUGCGUUUCCGCUGCGCCUCCACGCUGCCACGGCUUCUGCUUUUCCUCCCGGGCUGAGCGAGAGCCCGGUUCAGCUGCGGGAACCGCCGCAGACGCCCGGGGGAUCGCGCGCUCUCCUGCCGUCCUUGCGCUCGGCGUCCAGCGAGGGGGGAGAGCCCAGCGGGGGGGGGAAGCCGCCACGCCCCCGCCAUGCGUCUCCUGUGAAGCCCCCGAUGAGUGCGGAGGAGGUUUCGGAGGGUUCCCCCUCUCCCUCGCCCCCCGCUAGCGACUGCGACUGCCCCCCGAGGAAUAGGGGGAGGAGCAGGAGGAGGAGGAGGGGGAGGAGGCGGUCCUGGGCGCUCCUGGCGCUGACGCUCACCGCCGUCGCCGCGGCCUGCGUCUCCGCGCUUUCCUUCCACCGCGUGCAGGCCCUGAGGUCCGAGCUGUCGGCCCUGCGCUCCGAGAUCCUCCGGCGGUGGGAGGAGGAGAGCGACGGGGCCGCCCAACGGGAUGCUGAGAAAGCGGAGGACGGACACGGGGAGCUGCUGCGUUCCAGCAGUGGACCAGAACCCCGCCCCAGCGCGCGCAGCCCAAAGUCACAGCAAGUGCUCCAGGCCUGCCUGCAGAUGACGGGAGACAGCAGCCGAAGAACCACGCAGAGGGGCAGUUACACAGCCCUCCCCUGGCAGGCCGGGCUCAGACAGGGCACCGCCCUGCAGGAAGAGGAGAACGCCAUCCUGGUCAGAGAGGACGGCUUCUACUUCGUCUACAGCCAGGUUUAUUACAAGGAUAAAACCUUUGCCAUGGGUCACAUUCUCCAGAGGAGGCAGAGGGUCGUGGGUGACCAGCCGCAGGAGGUCAUUUUGUUCCGGUGCAUACAGAACAUGGACCGAAACCAUCCCUACAACACCUGCUACACGGGAGGGAUCGUCAGACUAGAGGCCGGAGACCGGCUCGAGCUGCUGAUCCCUCGCCAGUACGCCAACGUGUCUCUGGAAGGAGACGCCACGUUCUUCGGCGCGGUCCGGCUGGCGUGACCGGCACUGGUACACCAGGCAGCCGCUGGGAUGGGUAGGGUGAGAAGAAUGAGGACACUCUUUUGAGGGGGGGGGGGGUGGAGAUGUAUACUGUAUGAAUAAAAAGAGAAGGUACACACACCCCAAUUAAGGAGGCGCUCAAAAAAAAAAACGGGCGAGAAAUUUUCAGAGGUGGCACGCCUUUCUUCAUUUCCGUAGUUGCAUUUGGGCGUGUCCUUAAUGAAAGCGCUGAGGACCGAAAGCCUCGACUCCUGGUUGGUGAACGCGGUUUCAUAAACCUGCGCGGCCUCGACUUCAGUCCCCAUGUCUGGCGGCAGACGCUGCCGGGUUCCCAGCGCACGCGUGACGUUGGUGCUUCUCCUCAGCGUUCGACAGAAAUAGCGCUGACCGCCAUGAGGCGCGUAAAAGCAGAAGUGUUCUCCGCACAGCCGUCGGACGGACGUUAAUGCGCGGUGUGCGGGAAGUUCACAGCUGGCUGGUUCACGUGACUUGAGAUAUGCAUGGUAAGUUUGCGGUGUCUGUGAUGUCAGAGCUAUUCCGGACAAGCCACCCUGAAGAGCUGCUCUGUUAAAGGGCCAUACACCCAGUAUUAUUAACUCCCGUUGUUGAACUUACGCAUUAGCUUGUAGACAUUAGGGGCAGCUCCCAUUUCCUUGUCUGAAUUAAAUGAAUUUCUCAAUGAUUUAAUAGCAUUUUAUGCAUUUCAUGUAACCUAUAGAGUACUGUUUCUGUGUAUUAAAUAAUUGUUUCUUAUUUAUUGUUACUCAAGCUAUUUUCCAUCUUUUGAAUAAAUAUUCUAUCUAAUA